ACGGUCACUGGAGCCCACCUACGUUCAUCCAGGAGCCUCAGGAUGUCAUUCUUCCUUUGGAUUCAUCAAGAUCUGAGAUCAUCCUGAACUGUGCCGCUAAUGGCUACCCUUCACCCCAUUACAGGUGGAAGAAAAAUGGCAGAGAGAUCGAUUUUGCCAUGAGUUAUCACUACCAGUUAGAUGGAGGCAGCUUAGCCAUCAGUAGUCCCCGCACUGAGCAGGAUGCUGGGACAUACCAGUGCCUGGCCACCAAUCUUCUGGGGACAAUUCUGAGUCGGAAGGCCAAGCUCCAGUUCGCAUAUAUCGAAGACUUUGAAACCAAAACAAGAAGCACAGUCUCUGUCCGAGAGGGUCAAGGUGUGGUUCUUCUCUGUGGUCCACCACCACAUUUCGGAGAUUUAUCUUACGCAUGGACCUUCAAUGAGAGCCCCUUACACGUCCAGGAGGACAGCAGGCGGUUCGUAUCUCAAGAGACGGGAAACCUGUACAUUGCUAAGGUGGAGCCCUCCGACGUGGGCAACUACACCUGCUUCAUCACCAACAAGGAGGCCCAGAGGAGCGUCUGGGGACCCCCCACACCCUUAGUGCAGCGCACCGAUGGUGUGAUGGGGGAAUAUGAACCAAAGAUUGAAGUGCGUUUUCCUGAAACUAUACAAGCCGCAAAGGAUUCAUCUGUAAAACUGGAAUGCUUUGCCCUUGGAAAUCCAGUCCCCGCAAUUAGUUGGAGGAGGUUGGACGGAAGCCCGUUGCCAGGAAAGGUCAAAUACAGCAAAUCCAAAGCCACCCUCGAAAUCCCCAACUUCCAACAAGAAGAUGAAGGCUUCUAUGAGUGCGUUGCAGGCAAUCUUCGAGGAAGGAACCUGGUGAAGGGUCAGCUGAUUUUCUAUGCUCCUCCAGAAUGGGAACAAAAAAUCCAAAAUACAUACCUGUCUAUCUAUGACAGCUUGUUUUGGGAAUGCAAAGCCAGCGGAAAGCCAGCUCCCUGGUACACAUGGUUGAAGAACGGUGAACGCAUCAACCUGGAGGAGAGAAUUCAAAUAGAAAACGGAACGCUCAUCAUAACUAUGCUGAAUGUGUCGGAUUCUGGUGUCUACCAAUGUGCUGCAGAAAACAAGUAUCAGAUCAUUUAUGCAAAUGCAGAGUUGAGAGUUUUAGCCUCUGCACCUGAUUUCUCCAGAAAUCCCAUUAAAAAAAAUUCAGUUGUUCAAGUUGGUGGGGACAUUGUUAUCGAGUGCAAACCAAAUGCUUUUCCCCAAGCUGCUAUCUCUUGGAAAAGAAGAACAGAGAUCUUGAGACCAAGCAAAAGAGUCUUUCUCUUGGAGGAUGGUAGCCUCAAAAUACAAAAUGUUACCAGGUCGGAUGCCGGAUCAUAUACGUGUGUAGCCACAAAUCAAUUUGGUGUUGCCAGGAGCACCGGCAGCCUCGUGGUCAAAGAGAGGACGGUCAUUACUGUCCCCCCUUCCACAAUGGAUGUCACAGUUGGCGAGAGUAUUGUCCUGCCCUGCCAGGUGUCCCAUGACCCCUCUAUGGACGUUGUAUUUGUGUGGUCUUUCAAUGGCGACGUCAUAGACUUAAAGAAAGGAGUGACCCAUUUUGAGCGGAUCGGAGGAGAAUCUGUUGGGGAUUUGAUGAUACGGAACAUCCAAUUGAGUCAUUCGGGAAAAUACCUGUGCACGGUACAGACUACCCUGGAACGUCUGUCUGCUGUGGCUGACGUCAUUGUUCGAGGUCCUCCAGGUCCGCCAGAGGAUGUAAGAGUGGAACACGUUUCCAGUACCACCUUCCAGCUGAGCUGGAGACCAGGCCCGGAUAAUAACAGUCCCAUUCAAAUAUUUACUAUUCAGACGCGGACCCCUUUUUCUGUGGGUUGGCAAGCAGUUGCUACAGUCCCCGAAAUUCUCAAUGGCCAGACAUACAAUGCGACCGUGGUUGGCCUGAGUCCUUGGGUGGAAUAUGAAUUUCGGGUGGUUGCUGGGAACAGCAUCGGAAUCGGAGAACCGAGUAAACCAUCGGAGUUGCUAAGAACGAAAGCGUCAGUCCCCGUGGUAGCACCGGUAAGCGUCAGCGGAGGCGGAGGAAGUCGAUCUGAACUCGUCAUUACGUGGGAGUCAAUUCCAGAAGAGCUCCAGAAUGGAGAAGGGUUUGGCUACAUCGUCAUGUUCCGGCCCGCGGGCUCCACCACCUGGACCAAGGAAAGGGUCGCCUUCGUGGAAUCCUCCAAGUUCAUCUACCGCAACGACAGCAUCCUGCCCCUGUCUCCCUUUGAGGUCAAAGUGGGCGUGUAUAACAACGAGGGGGACGGCUCCGUGAGCACCGUGUCCAUUGUCUACUCCGGGGAGGACGAACCUCAGCUGGCCCCAAGGGGCACUUCGGUCCAGAGCUUUUCUGCUUCUGAAGUGGAGGUUUCCUGGAACGCUAUUGCCUGGAAUCGGAACACAGGACGGGUGCUGGGCUACGAGAUCUUAUACUGGACAGACGACUCCAAGGAAUCCAUGAUUGGCAGGACGAGAGUGAGUGGGAACGUCACCACCAAAAACAUCACGGGUCUGAAAGCUAACACCAUCUAUUUUGCUUCUGUGAGAGCUUAUAACACGGCUGGGACGGGUCCCUCAAGCCCCCCAGUUAACGUCACCACCAAAAAGUCCCCUCCAAGUCAACCACCAGCAAACAUUGCCUGGAAACUGUCAAACUCUAAAUUAUGCUUGAACUGGGAGCAUGUCAAAACCAUGGAAAACGAGUCUGAAGUCUUGGGCUACAAGAUUCUGUAUCGGCAGAACAGACAGAGCAAAACUCAUAUUUUGGAAACAAACAACACCUCGGCUGAGCUCCUGGUUCCCUUUGAAGAAGACUACUUGAUAGAGAUCAGGACGGUCAGCGACGGCGGAGACGGCAGCAGCAGCGAGGAAAUCAGAAUUCCAAAAAUGUCCAGUCUGAGUUCCAGAGGAGAUCAAGUCCUAGAACCUCAGGCCCGUUUCCUGCCCAUUGUGGUUCUGAGUUUUUACUGUUUUGCUAUCCAGCCACUUAUCCGAUGAAUAAAACCAUAAACGGCUGGGAGCUCUCUGACAGCUAAAUCAUCCUGUAAAUAUGCUCUCCAGCCUCCACCAGGAGACUUCUUAAUACAGAUUUGUUUGGAAAGAAGAAAAAUGUAUAUUAUUAAGA